CCCAGCAUCAACGAUCAACGAUCAACAAUGUGGGCUUAGCUGCCUGGCUACUUGGCUUACAAUGUCUGUCAGUGGUACUCCUGUAUCCAUUAUAUCUUCCUUGCCUUGGUCGGCGAAUUCACGCAGCUAUCUCAGUGGGAAUAUCACCAAUCAUGACUUUUUACGCUGUGGAACGGAACUGUGCGGGCUGAUUGAUACAUGAGAAUGUGUUGCCAAUGUCCAGUCAUAGCGCCUGUUCUUCCUUGACAGCUAUCGUAUCAUCUAAAUAUGCCAGAAACCAACGAGAAUUGUGUGGAAACACCUCCGAAUCAAUCUUCAGCAGCUGGGAAUCAUGUCAGUUCAACAGCUAAUCCUGAAGAUCCUAAUGCUCAGAGAAACCCUCCGAGCGGGACAUUUUUUGGAAUGAGGAAGAAUCAGCCGUCUUUGUGGGGAGUCGGCGCUACUCCACGCGACUAUAAGGCGCGCUACCCUCUCGAUCCCUAUGGCCAAGAGAUGUCCCAGUGGCGGGAUACUAUUGAUGUCCUACUUGUUUUCGCCGGUCUUUUCUCUGCAGUACUAACAACAUUCGUGGUCCAAACGUCGCAAAACAUGCAGCCAGAUUACAACGAGGCAUCUGCACGUCUUCUCUUUGAAAUCCUCAAGGUCACUAUGUCGAACGGUUCCCAGUCCUCUAUUCCCUCCUCCCCUACUGCAUUUCUCUCUCCCAGUCCUUCCAACGAGUGGAUGAACAGCUUGUGGUUCGUGAGUCUGACGUUUAGCCUCGUCACUGCCUUGGUUGCCAUUCUGGUCAAACAAUGGCUCCAUCAAUACGUCGCCGUUGUCUCCGGCAGUUGUGAGCGCGACUGUGCAAGAAUCCGACAUUUGCGAUACGCUGGACUACAGAAGUGGCAGGUGCCAAUGAUCAUCGGCUUGCUUCCAGUCCCCCUUCACGUUUCAUUGGCGUUCUUCUUCGCUGGCCUCGUUGUUUUCCUCUUCUCUCUGGGAAUGAAAGUUGCCUGGCUAGUAUCCGUCAUUGGUGCAGCGACAUACAUAGCCUAUGUUGUUGCCCUAAUCCUCCCCUUUGUUUAUCCCUACUGUCCAUACAAGGUCCUGUUAACGCUUUACAUCCACCAACUGUAUCAAUUCAUUAUCCCUCUUAUUCCACGUAUCACCCUCAUGCGAUGCCAUUCGCAUACCCCAUCUCCAUUUCUGCCGUUUCGCCGCCACUAUAACCUUCGCUUAUUAAUAUCAAUAACCCGCAUCAAUCUUCGCUUAAUCAUGCACUGGAUAACUGGGAUAACCCCCAAUAUCAUUUUACAACGCCGAAAACAUCCUCUGAGUCUGAAGGAAAUUGAGCAUGAUCACGUUCAAAAAUGUGCCGCCAAAGUGGAUGUGCAAUCUCUGCUAUGGCUACACUCCUCCACAUCUAACGCAUCGGUGCAUCAAAGUGUGCUACAAGCCUGUUCUGGGAUGACAUCUGCUACUUUGAAAUGUCUUCCGGAGGGAUGGCGAUCUGCCUUUGUGGUGUCUCUGCGUCAGCAGAUAAAGCACAUAGGUGCGCCAUCUCCUGACGCCGAAAGAGAAUUGGAGCUCCGCUAUAGAGCAUAUUUGCUCCUUCAUUACUCUGACUUUUCCCCCGACCGUGAUCGCAUGGCAGAUCGGUGUUCCAACGAGCAACUGAAAAUGAUACUGUACUCCGUGACAGAUUCUGAGAGGCCGUUAACUAUUCUUCUCAGAAUCCUUCAAGGCCCGAAGCGCUCUUCCCUUGCCUUGCAUUCAGUGGUAUGGAAGACGCUAGUUAAGCAUGCCAUCUCUUUCCCACCUCGCCCUGGCAGAGAUGUUUUGGAAUUAGAGCUUGAGCUCAUGAAAAUCCUUGUGGGUCCCUUGAUUACAAGUGAGAGUGGGGAUGUCACCACUAUCGACAAGCCUACAGAUGAGAUGAGGGAGUAUAUUCUGGACAAACUAUGGUUUAGCUGGGAUUAUGAUUGCAGUAAAAUCCGUGAUAAUGCUGACUCAGUACAUCUUCGUACCAUGCUUCAGCUUAUCCCCCAAAUCCAGCAGAGAUUAUGUGACUCAGCACACACCUCAGAUCGAAAGCAGGUCAUCGAAACUUCCCUCAUCAUUAUUGAAUGCAUGUGCACGAACUUUCUCAGUAAUCCUUUUGACAGUGCACCAGUCAUCCCGUUCUUCAACACCUUAUGCUCCCUGCUUUCCUCCGAAACAUUUGCUACAGUCGGAGAUCUUGAAACCCUUGCACACAAGAUAUUCAUGACUCUUGAAAAACUUGCAUGGGAGAUGCUCCUGAUUCUUAAUGGAUACUGGGGAGAGUCUGCUUCUAACAUACGGGUGUAUUCCGUUGCAUAUCAGUGCUACCUUCGGUCACUAGCAGAUGGCGGCGAGAGGUCAGAGAAUGAUGCAAUGCUUCCUAUCCUGAAAGGUCUCUUACCAUCAAGUUCUGUGGACAUGUCUUCGAAUUUUCCUAUGCACAAUACUGACUCCCAUGGAACACUGACUCCCUCCAACCUGCCGCAUUGGAAAGCCCUAUUUUUGACCAACACAUUCUUCUCGGUUGUGUUACUUCUCAUUGAUGAGCAUAAUGAGAAUGUCCUCUAUGACUGGGCAUGACAUCCCUUCAAACGUGAUAUCUGGCUAGUGUGUCUUUCACGAUUAGUGCAGUGGACAUCAUCAGAAGAAUUUCGCCGUGGGCCUUUCUCAAACGUGUCCUGGCCAUUGUUGUAAUUCAGGAGCUGCAUAAUAUGCUGGGCCAUGAUGAUAAGGAGUUUUUGCCACAGUAUGACUAUGAGGCACAUAAGGAUGUAAAUCAGCCACCUUGGCUGUGUGAAAUUUCUUCCUCUGGUUCAUCUAGAGACCCCAAUGCAGUGGAGUAUUCAUGGGUUGCAGCACAUCCAAAAUUCCAGGAAUUCUUGCACUCUCGACAUCCAAGGAAAGAAGACGUAGUAAAUGCAGUUUCACAUUAUAUUGGAG